CAAGCACACAGGAGCAGAUCCAGGUUUUUCAUGCACUUUACGGGACUGGACGAAUGUGACUUUUAUUCAUUUUAAAUACUACGUACAUCCCUAGUUCGGAUGGGUGCACCUUACUGCGGCCCAUAGUUGUGUAUAUGUGUUUUAGACGCGACUACAGGAUCUAGAUCACUUGUGGACCCUGACUGCUGGAGUGUCCAGCCCACCACCAUCAUGGCCUCUGCCACCUCCACCCCCGCCGCCUCUGCAGGCCGCUCCAGCCGCUCCGCCAGCCGCCGCAGCGCAGCCGCGUCCAGCAGCAGUCCGACCUGCCUGUCCCGCACCCAGGAGAAGGAUGAGCUCCGUAACCUCAACGACCGCCUCGCUAACUACAUCCAGCGGGUUCAGGAGCUGGAAAGCGAAAGAUCAUCCAUGCUUAUUCAGCUGGAGGAAAAAGAUGAAUCGAAGAGCCGGGAGAUGGGCAACGUGCGGCGGCUGUACGAGGAGGAGUUGGCAGACGUCAGGAAGUCCCUGGACAGCCUGGCCGGAGAGCGGGCCCGUUUGCAGAUAGACUACGGGAACCUCUGCGAUGAGUACAGGAAACUUCAAGCCAGGAACCAGAAGAAAGAGGGCGAUCUGGCGAAUGCGUUGACCCAGUGGAGGAGCGUCGAGGAGACGCUCCGCUCCAAGGAUGCAGAGUACACGAAGCUGCUGUCUGCAAACAAGACACUCGGUGACGACUUUACGGACCUGCAGGGCCAGCUGGAACACGUAGAGGGGGUUCUGACAGAUGCAAAAAACCAACUGAGCUCAGAAAUCUUGAGGAGGGUUGAAAUGGAGAACCAGGUCCAAACACUCAAAGAACAGCUCGAACUCCAGAGGAACAUCAGUGAGCAGGAGAUCCUUGAGAUACGUAGCAGACACGAAAGCCGUCUAGUGGAAGUGGACUCGGGACGACGGAGAGAGUUCGAGAGUAAACUGGCAGAGACGAUGCAGCAACUCCGCCACGAUCAUGAGUGUCAGCUGAGCCAGUACAAAGAAGAGAUGGAAAGGACCUUCAGUUCAAAGUUACAGAAUGCCCAGCAGGCUGCCUUGGAGAAAAACGACACUGCGGCAGCGACGAAAGACGAACUGGAAACCACCAAGCUCAGAGUGGAGACUCUCAGCUCCCAGCUCCAGCAGUACCAGAAAGAUAAAAUGAUGCUGGAGAGCCGCUUUCAGGAGCUGGAGAGGACUCUUGACAGGGAGCGAGAAGUUUGGCAGCAGAAACUUUGUCAGAAAGAGCAGGAGAUGCUGAGCAUGCGAAGCCAGAUGUACAGCCAGCUGGAAGACUAUGAGAACCUGCUGGAUGUGAAGCUAGCCCUGGAUAUGGAAAUUAAUGCCUACAGGAAGAUGCUGGAGGUGGAGGAACAGAGAUUGCACCUUUCACCCAGCCCCUCACAGCGUGUGACCGUAGCCCGAACACAUGAACACAGCAGCCGCAAGCUCAGGGGACGGAAACGGAAACACGAGGGGGCCUCGGGCAGCUCGCCCGCCUAUAAAAUAGCAAGUCGUCCAACAGAGCAUGGCCUUCUGAGUGUUGCAGAAGUAGACAUGGAUGGAAAAUUUGUUAAAUUGAAGAACAAUGCUGACAUGGAGCAGCCGCUGGGUGGCUGGGUUGUCCGCAGGACGUUCCCAGACGCUGGAGACAUCUCCUUCCACAUCCCUUCCUCCUGCGUCCUGGCUGGUGGGCAGACUCUUACCAUCUGGGCAGCAGGAGCAGAGGCGGAGGCUGAGUCUGGGGACCUGAUUCUACAGGGGCACAGGAGCUGGGGCCCCGUAACUGAUGUGAGGGUGACCCUUGUGAACCCCAACCAUGAGGAAGUAGCGGAGCGCAGGAUAUGCAUGACGGGCAGAGGUGGCGAAGAGACCGAACUGGAAUUUGAUGAAGAAUUUGUCGCAGGCAGUGACAUCCAGCACUUUCGGAGACAGAAGUUUGCUGCUCAGUGUUUGUCUGGCCCCAGAGAUGUGCUCAUUUUCUGCAGUACAGGAAAUCCAGCUGCUGCUACUACAGGGGGGGAAAAAACAGCUACUUUGUAGCCCAGUAGGUGUCGUGGCAAAAAUAAAUGGUGCGUAUGAAUUGAUGAUCAUGCCCCCACAAUGUUGGACAUGUUUAACAAAUGUAAAACGCGCCAUUGUCAAAUGGGCAAAAUUCAAAGUGUAUUUCGAAAAUCAACACUACAUUGAAUUCAUACAUUGAAGUGGCUAAUUUAGAUUGGCCAUGGCCUGACCACUGACAGUCUCAUUUUUGCAGAGCAUUGGAUUAUACAGGUGUACUGCAUAUGUGCAACUGACAGCAGCAAAGCUUGCUCGCAUUGCGACACGUGACGUAUAAAGGUGUAGUAAACUAAUGAGAUAGAAGGAAUGAAGAGUAUGUACCCAAAUGCAGAAGCUAGCAUGUCCUAACACUCACUAUAUGUUCCUACUGCUACAGUAAGUUGACACUAGUGUUAACAUCGGUGCAAGGUAGGGACGAUCUGAAUAAGCUGCAUGCAGAACUUGCUCGCUUAUGUAUCUAUUAUGUUUGUUUGAUUUUGGAUGUAGAUGCAUGGAUAGUGCACACAAGAUUCAGACCCCUUCAAUUUUUCAAAUUUUAUGUUGCAUCCUUAUGCUUCGUGUUUGGUUUUUUUCCCUUCAUCAGUGUCUAUUUUAAGUCAGUCUACACUCAGUAGCCCCACAAAGAUGAAGCAAAAACAGAUUUUCAGACAUUUUCUUAAUUUUUAAGAAAAACCUGAAAUAUCACAUUGGCAUAAAUAUUCAGACCCUUUUCUGUUACACUUGAAAUGUAGCUCUAGGUCCUCUGUGAUAAAUUCAAUUAACUGGGCAUGAUUUGGACAGGCACUCUUGUCCAUAAAAGGUUGCACAGCUUCCAAAACAUAUCGGAGCAAAAUCCAAGGAAGUGCCUGCAGAGCUCUGACAGGAUUGUGUCGAGGCGCCAAGAGCACAAGGGCCUCCAUUAUUCUUAAUUGGAAGGAGUUUAGAGCAACCACAAAUGAGCAAUCGGGGAGAAGGGCCUUGGCAAGAGAGGUGACCAAGAACCCGAUGGACACUCGCUGAGCUUCAAAGAUCCUGUGAGAUGGCAGAAACUCCUGAAAGGCCUCCCAUCACUGCAACAACUCGGCCCAUCUAUGCUUUAUGGCAGAGGGGCCAGACGGAAGCCUCCGCUCAGUGAAAGACUCAUGAAAGCCUGGAGUUUACAAAAAGCACCUUGAGAACUCUGAUUGUGAGAAAGAUCUCAUCUAAUGAAACCAGAAUUGAACUAUUUGGCCUCAGUUAUAGGCAUCAUGUCUGCAGGAAACCAGGCACCGCUCAUCACCUGCGCAAUACCAUCCCAACAAAACACAAAGCAGGUGGUGGCGGCAGCAUCAUGCUGGGGGGUGUCUUUUUUUUUUUUUUUAUAGUUUGACAGCUAACUCCUGCUUGAGAUUGAGUCACCCUAGGGGUAUGGGUGGAUAUUUUGGCUUAAUCUUUGUACAGUGGGUAGAAGUGGAGAUGCGUUCAUCUUUAUAUACAGUCCAACCCAACAGCUUGAGAGGAUCUGCAGAGAAAAAUGGCAGAAAAUCCCCCUAUCAGUGGCCUGUACUACGAAGGGAGUUGAACCUACAGAGUUAACUCAGGGUUAUCAGGCAAACUCGGGCGUUGACAAACUCGGACUGCCUACACUGGAGUUAAACGGUACGAAGGUGAAUAAGAUGUUGGUUAGUUGAGUUGGUGUUAACUUAAUUGGAGUUGGUGCGCGUUAGCAUAAAAGGGGCUGUGCAAGCAGUUUUUCACAACGGAACAUGCUCUAUAUUUUCCCCAGUAGAAUGCACGUUGAUGGUGUCAGGAUAUGAGGAGUUUAAAGACUAGUAGCCAGGGAGGCUUGUUGGCAUCGCAUUGAGUAAAUGUGUAGCAUAGAAAACUGUCUGUCCCCAGAACAGUGCCUCCCAUUUAAAACGCACAAUUAAACCCUACAUAAAAACAG